GACCCAGUUUUAGAUAUUAAAUUUGCAAUGGCAUCCGACAUUUUUGUCAAAUUUACAACCUAACGACCAUUUCUCUAGGGUUUUAGAAUGGGUUUAACAAAGUGAAGCUGUACAAUCCGCAGCUUGAAGAUCCAUCAAUGGCGACCUUCUCCUCUCUCUCACGGAGACUCCUCCCUCGCCCCUUACAAAACCCUAACUCUAACCCUAGUUCCCUCCUCUCCUCCCUUCGCUUCUUCACCACUCCCCCCCUCUCAGGCUCCGAAUUCGAACCCGAUAUCCAAUCCGAACCCGAGCCCGAACCUCAAUCUAGACCCGGAUCCGAGCCCAGCUCCAAGCCCUCUCGAAACCCGAAUCAGCCCCCAUUCAAUCGGACCCUGGAGAACGGCCUCGAUCCAGGGGUAUACAAGGCGAUUUUGGUAGGUAAAGCAGGGCAGAAGCCAGUUCAGAAGACUCUGAGGAGUGGGAGGACCGUGGUGUUGUUUUCGUUGGGGACUGGUGGGAUUAGGAAUAAUAGGAGGCCGCUGGAUAACGAGGAGCCGAGAGAGUACGCUGAGCGAUGCUCGGUGCAGUGGCAUCGGGUGAGUGUUUACCCGGAGAGGUUGGCUGAUCUCGCUCUUCAACAUGUGAAGCCUGGAUCUAUUUUAUAUUUGGAGGGGAAUCUGGAAACAAAAGUAUUUAGCGAUCCAAUGACUGGCCUUGUGAGGCGUAUAAGAGAAAUUGCUCUCCGUCGAGAUGGUCGAAUUGUGUUUCUUGGUAAUGCAAGUGAUUCUGGGCAAUCGGAGUCUGAGUUGAAACGUGUUGGCUAUUACUAAGGCCAAUGGAUGAGGAUCUUGUAGAAGUUAUGAAGAGAAAGUUGCAGUAGUAGCCUUUAAAGAAAUUGAAUCUCGUCACACCAAGAAGCUGAUAUGAAUCUUACUAGGGGGGAUUUGUUGAUCAUAUGUUGAAACACGAGAGAAAAAUAAUGUUGCCUAUCACGUUUUGUUUCUGUGUAUUACCAAUCAUUUGCGAAUCAAUAUUUCAUGGAAAGGCUUUUUGCAGACUUGUGAUGCUGUAGAGAUCCUCUGUUGACCGAAUUCCUUCCAAUGAAGUUUUUCUUCCCCCACCCUGGAAUGGGUAGAGAAAUGACAGAUUUGUAAUUUUUGAUGCUAUUAAGAUGAAAUCUCUCCCUUCACCGAUUUAGUGUUCUCCAUGAUAUAGUCACCAUUUAUCUGUAUUAGCAAAAUUGUUGGUCUUGGCGUACAAAUUGAAAAUAAUAUGCUUUGUUGUUA